CAGCAGUGAGGAGCAGCAGGAGAGUGAGAGGAUCCCAGACCGCGGGAGCCGGAGCCGGAGCCGCCCGCCGAGCCGGGAGCGCGACCCGCCGCCGCCGCCGCCGCCCUCCCCCCGCCUGGAACCGGAGCCCGAGCCGAGGGAGCGCUCCCCGCCCAGCCGCCCGCCCGCCAGUCAGCCCGUGGCUCUGUCCAUGGCCGCGGCGCCCCGGCGGCGGCGGCGGCAGCAGCAGCAGCAGCAGCCCUGAGCAGGAGCCCGAGCCGCCGGGCCCCGCUUCUCGCCGCCGCCCCCGGUUUUCCGGAGCUCGGGGCGGGCAGGCGGGGGGCCGGAGUGCGCGUCGCCUCGGGGCCCGGGCGGGCGGACGGGCGACAUGCGCCCGGCUCGGCUUUGAUUCUUAGUUUCUAGUCCCCGCCUUCCUCCCGGGGUCCCCUCCACCCCCAGCUUGGCCCCGGCUUCCCUUUAAGCGCCCAGGACCCGCUCGGGCCGCGGGGAGGUGGGGGAGGGGCGCUCUCGCUUUCUCGGGGAGCGAGCCCCCCUACAGCCCGAGGCUCGGCCGGGGAUGGGGGGCAAGCAGAGCACGGCGGGCCGCUCCCGGGGCCCCUUCCCAGGCGUCUCCACCGAUGACAGUGCCGUGCCCCCGCCGGGGGGAGGCCCCCACUUCGGCCACUAUCGGACGGGCGGCGGGGCCAUGGGGCUGCGCAGCCGCUCCGUCAGCUCGGUGGCCGGUAUGGGCAUGGACCCCACCACGGCCGGAGGGGUGCCCUUCGGCCUCUACAGCACGGCGGCCGCCCGGGGGGCCGGCGAUACCGAAAGGGCACCGGGCGGCGGCGGCUCCGGGGCCGACUCCACGUAUGCCCACGGCAAUGGUUACCAGGAGACAGGUGGUAGUCACCAUAGAGACGGGAUGCUGUACCUGGGCUCCCGAGCAUCGCUGGCAGAUGCGCUCCCUCUGCACAUCGCACCCAGGUGGUUCAGUUCGCACAGCGGUUUCAAGUGCCCCAUUUGCUCUAAGUCUGUGGCUUCUGAUGAGAUGGAAAUGCACUUUAUAAUGUGUUUGAGCAAACCACGCCUCUCCUACAAUGAUGAUGUGCUGACUAAAGACGCAGGAGAAUGUGUGAUCUGCCUGGAGGAGCUACUUCAGGGAGACACCAUAGCUAGGCUGCCCUGCCUCUGCAUCUAUCACAAAAGCUGUAUAGAUUCAUGGUUUGAAGUGAACAGAUCCUGUCCAGAGCACCCUUCCGACUGAUUCAUCGGGCACGCUUGCUGCCUCCUCUCAAAGAACAGAUGAUGUCAGACCAAUCAGGGACAUCUGCUAUUUUUACCUUCACCUCAAAUAUUGAUGACUUGGGGAGAGAAGAGGAGAGGAGCCUGUUGCUGGAUUGCAAUCCUGAAAUCCUGUCAUGAUGUUUGGCUUCAGGGGGCUCCCCACAGACACCAACAGCAGACAUGACACACUGGGCCCCCGGCCUCUGGUGGGAUGGAGCUGCUGCUGGCCCUCUGGCCAGACGGAGCACGACCUAUUUAUUACAGUCCACAAAAGGACAGCCCCCUGUCCCCGGGACACAGCCCCCAGGUACCAGACAGAGCUUGGAACCCAUGGGGACAGGCCCCCUUCUGCACUGACUUUGAGAGAGCUGUUUUCCCCCUUCUCCCUGGAGGACACCACAUCAGAGGAGGAAGAAUUGGAAAGAAGAAGUAACCACAGUCCUCUCCCCUCUCCCCCCACUCCACCUCAUCCCACCCCAGGAGGGAAAGGGCAUUUUCUUUUACCUUUGAAAGGCAUUGUGGGUCUGUCUUUAACGUGUUUACAAACAAACAAGUUUCGUGUCCACUGGUGUUUUUCCUGGUGAUGUUUACAAGAUUCCUGUUUUGUGUGACUGAACCCAGCCAAGUCCUCACAGCCAGCAUUCUCUCCUUGUCCCCCCUCCGCGUCUACCUUUAUGCCCAUCUCCAAUUUCGGUUUGCAUUCUCCUCUCACCUCCAGACCCCACUCGGUGUCACGACUCCUAAUUGCCAAAAGACAAAUCUCCAAGACCUUUCCUCCUGUUUUCUCUUCCUCUUCCAUUUCCAUUUCUUCUCCCCUUUCCUCACCCAGUUUUGGUCUUCAGUACAGUUCAGAGGAUCUCAAAAUCACAAGUGUCCUGCAAAGAUGCCUGAACAUUUUUCUUAGACCCUUGUGGAUAUUUUCUCUCUCUCUCUUUUUUUUUCAAAAAACUUUUAAAAAUUUAUUAAAAAAAAAAAAAAAAGGAAAAGAGGUACAGCCACACCCCUGUUUUCAGGCACUCUGUUUGAGAACAUUUUAGCCAUCAACGUUCACACGUGGCAUCAGCCCAUGCAGGAUAGGUUUAUGUAUUUAUAUAUUAAAAAAGAAAAAACUUAAAACGUUUAAAAAAUUGUUCAAAGCUUGGGGGAAAAGCUUUCUUCAUUAGUCAAGGUGUUUUGAUAUGGUAUUAAAAUAAUGUUCAAUAAAAGAUGCUUGGUGUGAUUUUAUUUUAA